UCAUUCAGGCUUUCCUAGAAGGCGGUUCUUCUGUGUAAUCUUCAGUAAACACCUUUUUCCCAUAAUGCAUUUCUGUAGAACCUUUUGUAAACUUGUGUCAGAGACGAUUUAUCCUCUCGCUCAUUAAAGACCCGUCUGAAAGGCUCCGUUUGCUCUGAUUAGAGAGCUGGCAGGCACGGCUCUUUUCUUUUUCUGGUCACCGGACUGGCAUUAGGCAGAAUAAAAACCCGGACUGUGUGUGUCACCUUUUCAUUUAUGCUUAAAAAGCGGAGGAGAGUAGCACCACUCGGGGUGAGCUUUUUAAUGUUACACACAUUUUAUGUCUCUAAAAGCAUAGAACAACUUUAACCCUUUAAUUCCACACAAGUAAAAAAAAAAACACACCAAGAAACGUUUUAAAAUAUGUUUAUUUGGAACAAUAGUUGUAAAUAAAUAAAUAAAUGAUGAUGAUAAUAAUAGCUUCAACCUCUUCAAAACCAAACUCAAAACCCAUUUGUUCUGAACCGCUUAUUGUUUGUGAUUUAAUCUAUUUUAUUCUGUUUUCUUGUCCUUUAGUUGUUUUAUUUGCAUUUUUAUUGUGUACUGUGUUCUUUCUCCUGUAAAGUGACCUUGGGUGACCUGAACGGCGCUUUUUACAUAAAAUGUAUUAUUAUUAUUAUUAUUAUUAUUAUUAAUAACCCUUUAAACUGGAUGAAGAAGGAGAAGAAAAUAUCAUUUCUAUAGCGCCUCUCAAGAUAAAAAUCACGAGGCGCUUGACAAAAACAAAAAUAUGUAAAAAUAUAAAAAAGCAUUUAGAAAAUGUUUAAAAAUAUAUUUAAAAUGAGCAAAAAUAGGCAAUUGUGAUUAAAAAAAUGUUAAGAAAGAGAGAGUGAAAAGGAAAGAGGGAAAUCAGUGGAUCCUGAGGAAGGUGGAAUAGGUGGGGAGAGCAGAAUAAAGAGAGAGAGGUUGAUGAAGGUCAUACAAAAGCCAGCUUGAACAAGUGAGUCUUCAGCUGCUUUUUAAAGGAGACCACUGAGUCCACUGAUCGCAGGCUCAGGGGGAGAGAGUUCCAGAGUCUGGGGGCCACAGCAGCAGAUGAUCUGUCACCUUUGGUCUUUAGCCUGGUGCUGCACAACCAGUAGGCUUUGAUCACUGGACCUCAGGGACCUGCUGGGGGUGUAGGGACUAAGAAGAUCACCAAUGUAAGAUGGUGCUUGUCCAUGUAAGGCCCUAUAGACCAGAACCAGGAUCUUGAAAUGAACCCUGAAGUUGACUGGCAGCCAGUGAAGCUGGAGGAGAAGCGGGGUGAUGUGGGUGUGUUUGGAGGACUUGGUCAGAAGCCGAGCACAGGCAUUCUGAACCACCUGUAGACGGUUCAGGGAGGUUCUGCUCAGACACGUGAAAAGAGAGUUGCAGUAGUCUAAGCGUGAGGAGAUGAAGGUGUGGAGAACUGUCUCAAGUUCAGAGCGAGACAGAAUGGGACUCAGCUUAGCAAUGUUCCUGAGAUGGAAGAAGGAAGAGCGAACAAGAGAACUGACAUGAGAAUCCAGGGUGAGAGCUGGGUCAAAGGUCACACAAAGAUUCCUGACGGAAGGUUUGGUGUGAAUAGGUGGUGGAUAUAUGUAAUGCUUGAAUAAUAAUAUGUUGCUAUUAUUUCACAAUGCAACAAUAUACCAGUUGUAAAGAAAUACAACGUUGCCAUGUGUAGAUUCUCCACCAGGGGGCAGAAGACAUGUACAGCACUGGCUGUGUCUGGAUGAAGGCACUAAUCCUGAUGCUCCAUCUGGAUGCUUUAAGGCCAGAAGUGGUUUGAUGUGGAUUUGUGACAACACUGUAAAUGGUUAAAGUAAGGUGAUAUAAGUUUUUUUUAACAUCUCUAUGAUUUUUAGUUCAGUAAAUUCUUGCAUUUCACACCAAAUAUUAGAUAAAAACAUGAUCUAUCAAGUGGAUUCUCUGCACAUCAAGGUUGAAGCAUCUUAUUCCCAGACCGGUUGACCCAAUCAAGAGUCUGUGUCUGAUUCUCACACCAGCACGGGUGCGGCUGGCUCUGCUCCAGCUCACAGGAUAAUCUGACAGCGAAGGCUGAGACCUGAAUGGAGUUAAAGGCUCGAAGGAAACCAGAGAAAAGCCUCCAGUCUCAUGUUCAGCUUCACUCACCUACAUCACUCUUUCUUUUUUUUUUUUUUUUGUCAUUUUCCUCCUCAUCGCUUCCCAAACAUUGACUGUUGGUAAUCUAGGGAUGUUCCCUUAAAGCUUGAUGGGGAGUUUGUAGCAUUAGAUUUGGCGGAAGUUUGGUCCACUAUUUAUAACCCUGUGGUUCAGAGUGGUUGACUAGCUAGCUAUUCUUUCCCCUUGUUCACACCGAGUCUGGAUUCUGAACAGCUUCUUGACGGACUACCAUUCACACUGACUGGAUGGCAGUUUGUGUGCUGAACAUCUCUGGAUAGCUAAAUGGUAAAUGGCCUGUAUUUGAUAUAGCGCCCUCAAGGCACUUUACAACACAACCAGUCAUUCACCCAUUCACACACACAUUCACACGCUGGUGGGGAUGAGCUACGAUGUAGCCAGAGCUGCCCUGGGGCGCACUGACAGAGGCGAGGCUGCCGAGCACUGGCGCCACCGGUCCCUCCGACCACCGCCAGCAGUCAACAUGGGUUGAGUGUCUUGCCCAAGGACACAGCGACAGGCUGAGCGGGGCUCGAACCUGCAACCUUCCGAUUACGGGGCGAGCUCUUAACUCCUGUGCCACCGUCGCACCCACAAGAGCGCUAAACGACUAGACAUUUGACAUAAUGCAUUUAUAGAUAUACCUGUAAAUCGACAUGAACUAUGAUAUUCUGGGAACUGAUCCAUUCUUUCGUUCUUUUUUAAACACAGAAACAGUUUUGUUUACCUGUUUGUAGCUACAGUUUCGCCGACAGCUGCCGGCUUCUUCAGGCUGACGCUGAUGGUGGCGCGUCACUUCCUUCUCCGUUUAUCUGCGGGCAGCAGAUGACGUUGUCGCCCUCUACUGCCUCUAAGAUGUUCAAAGAGAAAUCUGGGAACUGAUGUCGCUGUUAUUAAUAAUUAAACUAAAUUUGACAAAAAUAAUGCAACACAGCUUUUAUUUUGAAAUAUGCUGGAUGCUCCUCACUGAUGCAAUUUUUACUUCCUGUCUGGCUCAUUUAAUUUUUUUAUUUCAUGUCAAUCUGUAUGUGGCGUCCGGUAAAUAUAGAAUCCAUAUCAAAAUUGGCUCAAUCCCAAUAUAUGUACUGCGCCUUACGGUCUUCUGUGAAGUGCACUUGGAGGAAGUGCGCACUAAAGUUUUGAGUGCGUGCUACACAAGUGUGCCGAACUGGGACCGGGAGCAUUGCGUCAUCGACCGUGAUGCAUGCUGGGAUGCUAAUCUUUAUUAACAACUUUCAAACAGUUAUUUGAAAUUCAUUGCUAUUGAUGCUAAAUCUUAGUCUAAAACAUUCAGAGUAUGAAAAAAAAACAUUAAUCAUCUUAAAAUGAACUCUUUUCAUUUGACAAUACAUACUUUCAGAAAAGACACCUGAACCGUCUUCUUCUGAAAAUCCCCACAUAGCCAUGGAUUGUGGGUAAUACCCUUCGCCAUGCCUGCAUCGUGGCAGACCAUUCAAGGCCUUAAAAACGAUGGUCAGAGUCUUGAACUAACCCUGAAGUUUAUGGGUAGCUAAUGGAGACGCGCCAACACGGGGGUGAUAUGAUCACGUUUAGAUGUGUUGGUCAAAAACCUGGCUGCUACGUUUCUGGUCCACCAGCGAAGGUACCAAAAGUUUUUUUUAAUAAAAACCAUAGAUUUUUUCAAAAUCAAAAGCUAAUUUGAAGUAGGGUAAUAAUCUUCUUGCAGCCAUCCGGUCUUACUUAGUCAAUCAAAAACGACAGUGGCACAGGAGUUAAGUGCUCGCCCCGUAAUCGGAAGGUUGCAGGUUUGAGCCCCGCUCAGUCUGUCGCUGUGUCCUUGGGCAAGACACUUAACCCAUGUUGCCUGCUGGCGGUGGUCGGAGGGACCGGUGGCGCCAGUGCUCGGCAGCCUCGCCUCUGUCAGUGCGCCCCAGGGCAGCUGUGGCUACAUCAUAGCUCAUCCCCACCAGUGUGUGAAUGUGUGUGUGAAUGGGUGAAUGACUGAUUGUGUUGUAAAGUGCCUUGGGGGGUUCCAGGACUCUAGAAGGUGCUAUAUCAAAUACAGGCCAUUUACCAUUACCAGUCAGCCCACCUGUUCCUGCCUCGUAAUCACCCCUCACCAAAAGAUUUCAAUUAUUCAUAAGAUCCUCAUCUUCAUCAGCUCAGAUUUUGUGCUGAGAGAUUAUUCCUGCCAUAGAAGAGCUUUUCUGUUUAUGUAAACUAAACUAAAGAAGAAAGUAACCUGUCCCUACCAAGGCUUCAGCCUCUGAAAUGUGUCCACUUAGUUCCGAGUCAUCUGUGUCUUUGUAUGUGAUAUCCUCCCAUUGUUCCACUAGAAACACACACCAAAACUCAACGGUGGCGUUGUAUUUCAUGGAAAUGCUGUUUUUCCUCUGCAACUCAUUGUACCAUCUCUCAUAUUUGCAUUUUCUCCUCCUCCAUCUUCCUUGUCAUCCGUCUGUUCAAUAACUUUUCACGUGGUCAUCAGAUCACAAAUAGUGAAAGCUCAUCACACAUCUCAUAAGUUUAGCCAACAGCCUCCGGGUAUAAUCUGAUCUUGUCACCUUCCACCUGUACCCGAUCGCUGUUAGUAGCUGUUAGCUCAAUCUGCAUGAUGUUUAGAGGUAUUUUAUGGUCACUGCUCCCAGGGAAACACGAUACAGACUUCACCUCACUUCUGGCUGUAAGUCAAGACUCUGUCUCUUUAUGUUCGUGGACUUUAAACAGGGUAUCUGCAGGUUUAAGGGAGCCACAUUUAAGACUUUAAGACCUUUUUUAAGGCCACUUUGACCAAAUUUAAGCUAUUUUUAAAAUUUAAUUUAAGCUAUAAUUUCCAGCUAUUGCCUGGAACCGGUGCUAACCACGUAGCGAACGUGGGAUUAACCAUCCAGUUACCAUUAAACUUGCACUUUCCCAUGGCGCACGCUCCCACUAGCUUAACCAGCUAAUGUGCUCAUCUAAAAAUAGCCCCCUUUCACAACCAACUGAAUGUGUACGGUUCCGCUUACGCCAACAUCGUACACAAAAAAUGCUGAACACUAACUAGAAAUUCACAAAAAUCUUAUAGAAAUAAAAGAAUCUUGUUUAUUGGGCCUUUGGUAAUUUAAGACCUUUGAAAACCGUAUUUAAGGAUUUUUUGUCAUUUUUAAGGAUUUUCAAGGUCUUAAAUUUGGAAAAGCAAAUUUAAGACUUUUUAAGGACCCGCGGAUACCCUGUUUAAACUGGAGUUGGGCACAAGUGGCCAACAUCCUCCUUCUGAUUUGCUGGUUCUGAACAACAUUCCACACUACACCAUUCUCCGUCUCACUUCACCUUAGUUACACCAUGCAUUUAGUGUUAAAGUUAGUCUAGUUUUAAUUUGUUUAGUAAGUUUGUUGCAUUAGCAACUCCACCACACAGCAGAACUCCUCCAGGCUUGUGUUAUUUGUGGAGAGCAUCAUUUUGAACUUGGUUUUUAAUAUGAUUUAGAUUGGUUUCAAGAUGGAGCUGCACGAUGGUGCAUUUGGCAGCACUACUGCCUCCUUAAUGAUUUUCUCUGAUUUGUUCUGUGGAGUGUGAUUGUUAACUUCUGACUCCAUCAUGCUUGUUUAAUAUUGUUUGUUUGUGAGUGAGCCGGCCAGGGUGGGGUUGACCCUUUGUGAUAUAUUUAGAGGAGCCCGUGAUGAAUGUUUUAUCUUUGCUGCGUAGGAAGAACACAGGGCAGCCAUUAAACAUUCAUAUCUGACACUGAGAUGACCUCCUGGAAUAUCAGCCCAUCAUCAAUGAAUAAACGUGGGCUUAUCAUCAAUGAGCGAACGUCAGAAGUAACCCAAUGGAACGGUGACCACGUGUUACUUUGAGAACUAGUAGGUUUAAGAAACGCCAAUGUGGUUCCACGUUUUUGGAGAAACCUGUUUGCCAGAAUGACUUUAGGGGAAAAGAAAUCUAAAAGCUUGUCAAAUAUUUGAAGUUAAACUUCAGGUUACUGAAUGGCAACGAAUACAAUUUUUUAAACGUUCUUAAUUAACAUUAAAUGCACUUAAAACUAAGUCAACGGGAGAAAUUGAGUAAAGUUAUUAGUCAAGCUUUCAUUUUGAAGGGCUCAUUAAAGUUUAGGUAGCCAUUAAAGAUUUUCUUGUUGUACCACUGAGUUGUAUAAUAAACGUCGUCUCCUGCAUCACUCUCAGCUGUGGUCCAAACUGCUACUGAUGUGCAUCUUUAUCUUUUGGCCCAGUCAAGCUUUGCCUCUCAGACACAGUUUAGCAACAGCUCAGCCAGCUUGCAUUAUUCAUACACCAGGGAUCCAGUAGAUAGUAUUACCCAGAGGUAGUAUAGCUGGUCUAAUACAGUGCCCUUUGUAACUAUGACAGGGAAUACCACCAGCAGGCGAACACCAACAAAAAUUUGUAAUGGCAGACACAUUUAGUUAAAACGACAUAUCGAACUUACGGCAGCAAUGGACGCUUCCCUCAGAACAGGGGCUUCAGUUUCCAGACAGCGAUGCAAAAGGUUGUAGGAGGUCACAAAGGCAAGAUGACGUGGAUGUGGGAGGAUACAGUCACAAAUACAACACACAUAUACUUGUACAAAGAGAACAUCGGGACUCACACUACAACGCUCACACCAGCUCUCCUUGUUGGAAGGACAUGCUGUCAAAGGUGGUGCGACAGCCAAGCUGAGGACUCGCUGCUGGACCCACAGACUGAACUAACAAUGGGGGACACACAAAGGACUACACCGACUCUGUCACUGGGACAGCAGGAUCAUUUAUUCAUCGUGUGACCCUGGGAAGGUCCUAAGAAGUAGACCUGGCACUUACUGUGGAUACCGUUUUUGAUGAAGUCACUAGAAAUUUUGCACUUGAUGAACUGUAGGGACACUAAACUUUCACAAAAGUUUUUUUAACUUUCCUUUUCAAAUGUUAUCUUUGAAAAUUUGGUGUGUUUUUUUAAGUGCCGGACAGUUUUCCCUCAUUCUACCAACUCAGACAGCAGGUGUUUUUCUUUCUGGGGACCGAAGGUGUUCUGUAAUGCAACCGAUCACUCAUGGCUGAGAUUCUGACUCCAUUACUAGAUCAGGUUUUGAAGUACCGUGGUUUGGGUUUGUUUCAGUGCAUGUUAUAGAGCAACUGACUUGGGACAAAGUGCACUUCAGCGGGUUUUGUGGUGUGUCACAAGGACGGAUCAAAUGGAAGAAAAAGAGAAGACUUGAGAGCAACUGAGGAUAAGAGGAUGCUGCAAUUCUUGGAGCACCUAAUAUUACACAUCAACUCUGCCAUUACUCCAGCUUUGCUUUACCACAAUUUUGGACGGUUUUUCUUGUCUGGAAUGAUUUGAGUCGGAACAUAUCAUGGCACCCAAAAAAGGUGACAAGAAAGGCAAGUCGGAUGAGCCGAAGAAGGGAGGGAAGGAGGAUAAGAAGGGAGGAAAAGAUGAAAAGAAAGGGGCCAAAAAGACAGAGGAGCCACCAGCAAAAAGUAAAGGGAAAGAUGAUGGGAAGAAAGGAAAAGGAAAGAAACCUGUCAGCGAGUCGGAUGAAGAAGAAGAGGAAGUGAAAAGUGAGGAAGAAGAAAGUGGUGACAGUGAGGAGGAGGUGGUUACCAAAAAGGCUGGCAAAACUGAUAAAGGUAAAGGAAAAGCAGCUCUUAAAGGUGCAUCCAAAGCUGCCGCAAUGAAGGCUCCUAAACGAUCAACUCCUGAUGACGAGGAGGAGGAGGAUGAGGAGGAGGAAGAGAAGUCUCAAGUGAAAAAAGGCAUGAGUGCAGCAAAUCUAAAAAAGAUGGGCAACGCACAAAUCAAAGGUGCCUCCAAGGCCAUGAUGGGCUUUGCUGCAGAGGCCCAGAAAAACAUGGGUGCAGCAAAAACAGAGAAGAAAAUAGAUCCAAGUCAACUCAAAGGAGCCACCAAAGCCCUCACAGGCCUUGCUGGAAAGGCCUCCGCCUUCAGUUUGCCCUCUAAGCAGCAGCCAGAGAAAGCAAAACCAAAGCGAAACCUUAAAAACACCUCUCGUCUCUUCUUACGGCUUUCCAAAAAGAAGAAACCCAAUAGUAAACCUCUUCUUGGCAACAGCAAGCUGUUUGCUGGCUUUGGUGGAAAAUCAGCUGGUGACAAAAAACCAGGUUUGUCUGGCUUUAGUUUAUUUGGUAAAAAAGACGAUGCUCCUAAAGAAACCAAAAAAACGUUUAAUCUGUCAAACUUGGGGGGUAAGGGGAACAUGGCAACAGAAGCUAAAGGUUUGGGAGGGAAGUUCAAAGGAAUGUUUGGAAAAAAGAAAACAGGACCAAAGUUUAAAACUAAAGGCUGGAUGGUGGGGAGGAUGGCUGCAACGACUAACUGGCUGACAGGCAGGUUCCUGUCUUCUAAAGGUCAAGGUCGCCUUGGGGGGCGGGCAGGAAGAAGGGGAAGAAAGAACCAACCAUAUGCUAACAGGGACACCAGAGAAAGGCAAACACAUCAUUACAAUGAGGACUAUGAGUAUGAUGAUGAGUAUGGAUAUGAAUAUGACUAUGAGAACAGAUGGGGACAUAGGAGCUAUGAUCCAAAUGAUCCUUAUGGAGACCAAAUGCUCUAUGACGAUGAGGAGUGGGAGGAUGAAUUUGGUUACUAUGACGACAAUGGUAACUUCUACUAUGAUGAUGAGCUUUACUUUGACGAUGAUGUGGAUAACUAUGGUUACCCAUAUGGCUUCUAUGGUGAUGAAUAUGAUGAUUACUAUGGCAGUGAAGGAGUAGAGUACUAUUAUGGAGAAGAUGGAAUGCUAUAUCCUGUGGAGCCAGAGCCCUACGGUUAUUAUGGUGACAGUAUUUAUGGUUUGUAUGACUCAUAUGAACCAGAACUGUAUGAUGACUAUUUUGACUUCAACAUGGCCUCCAAUUAUGGUCUUUCAGACUCAUAUGCAUUGAUGAACAACAGCUAUGAUGUUGCUUCAGGCAUGUAUAAUGACCCAAUGUUAGCAUAUGUACAGCCAGCUCCUGUACACAACCUUUUUCAUCAGCAAGUAACCAUGAAUGCUGGGCUAGAUCCGGUUGAGAUGGGAUAUCUAUAUGGACAGGAACAAUUAUUUUCUCCUCUGGCAGAGCCCUAUCCACUGGAGCAGUUCAGGGUCCCCAGACCCCAGGUUAUGUUAUUUGGACAGGACAGACUAGAAGUGGAAACGUUGCCACCGCCACCCAUUCUCCCAAAUCCCUCCUCUCAAUUUUUUCCUUCUCCCUCCCCUGCCUUAGCUCUUAACAAUCAAGAACUUUUGCCAGAUAUACAAUAUGAGCAUCCCAUUCUGGCACAUACUCCAGCACAGACCCUUUACCCCACUGACAUGAACCAACAACAUGUCUCCAUUCCUCCUGGAUUCUCUACGUUACCAACAAAUGUAAUCAACCAUCAGGAGUAUCUUCCUCCUCUCCAGCCAGCUAUUCCUCCUCUGUCUGUCUCCCCCACUACCUUGUUCCCUGCCCCGCUACCACCUCAGUUGUCCUCACAGCUGUACCAAGCACCCAUUCCACAGGAUCCACAGAUGUUUCAUUUAGGCCAUAUUUCACCAGGAGCCCCGCCAGUACAACAAAUGAUCCAUUCACCACUGCAUUCACCAAUGGUCUCAGCCAUGCCAGUAAGAAAAAUGAUGCCUCCUUCCUCUCCACAGCUGGCACCAAGACAAGGAUCAGUUAGAGUACAUGCACCUCCUUCACCCCACUUCUCAUCUCAUCCAAUGGACCUCCGACAGAACCUCCAGACAGAUCCCUACUUCUCUCCUCGCUUACGUAAUCAUGGGUUCACUCACCACGCUUCAAUGAUGGGUCAAAAGCCCACAUCCUCAUUUGAAAGGCAGAGACUGUCAAGUCCCCCUUCUUCUCCACCACCCUAUAGAAGAGGGUUGUCAGUAAGAACUCAGCCAUCUAUGGCACGUGGAAGGAGAAAAUCUGGAUUACGUAGGGGCCCCUCGACCAUAAGACCACAAUCCCCACUUUCCAGUCCAUUAGCUUCUCCCCAGCAGUCUGUUAGAAGAAGACUAAGUCCACCACCUUCUCCAAGAUUGUCUUUCAGACAGCAACCCCCCCCAGAUGCAGUUCCUCUGCCUUCAACUAGACCAGGUUUGUUUAAAGGGAGAAAACAAACAUCAAUGAUGAGGCGUUCUCCUUCUCCUCCACUGCCAACUCCACAAAGACGAAGCCCACCUCAACCUGAGAGACCUCAUUCCCCACUACAAUCUUUUCGUCCCACUUCUCCCCAUCAUCCUCCUCAUCGUGCUCCCUCUCCUUCACCAUCCCGUGUCUCUGCAAGACCUCUCCCCACCCAUUCUUCUACCCAAAGGCUAAGAGGUGGUCCUGGAUCAAGAAAUCCAGUGCCUAUGGGAGCUGUGAAACCUUCCCCAGCUAACCCUUAUUCACAACCAUUUCGGUCCUCGAUACAUAGUGGCCCAGCCUCUCCUUCAGGACAAAUAGGGUCUGUAGCUGGAACUCCCAUGUUAGCAAGAACAGGCACCCGACCCAGAGGAUUAAGAGAAUCCAAGCGGAUUGGCACUGGUCAAGGGGGGUUUCGUAGACCCGUAGGUCGGGGGCAGCCUCUAGUCCGAAUGCCCAGAAGUCAACCCUCUCUACAAUCACGGCAGUCAUUCAGAACUUCUGCAGCAGUGCCUCCUAUCCUUCCACAGCCAUCUCUGAAACAUAGUGGCCCAGUCUCUCCCCAGCCAUCAAUACGUAGGCUCCAGACUAGACCACCAUCUCCACAGCCGCUACAGCAUACAUCUCCUUUGCCCUCCCGUUCUGCCUCUCCCAUGUAUCACCCAUCUCUCCCCCCUUCUCCCUUGCCUCAAAGAUCAGUGCUUCCUCACACUGUAGGGCCAUCAUCCUUUCAGCCACAUGUACCUCUCUCUAAUCUUCCCCAAGGUGAUUUCCCACCUUCACAGACCACCAGUCAGUACAACUACACAAUGAUGGAGCCAGGCCCAUCUCCAAUGCUAACAAAUGCUUUUCCAGGUCCUCAAGUUUUAGGUUCUCCUUUAGCAGCUUCUCCUUUCUCCUCUUCAAUAUCUCAUCCCAACAGUUCACACACCUCUCCUUUACAAAGACCCUCCUCCCCUCUAAUCCAGCAAGAGGCAUUCCCCCAAACCCUACCUCAACAAGUACCUUUGUCACCUAAUCUGGGACGUACACUCCAAAAUCCUUAUCUACAAAAUGUGGACACCAUACCUUUGCAAAGAAGUCCUUCCCCCAUAGCUGGAGUGCAGGGGGAAGAAUUAGCAAAUGUACAGGAAACCCAGAUGGUGAGUCCGUAUGGCACUCAAGGUCUUUCCAAUGCUCUGAUGCAAAAUUCCAGAUUACGAAGUGCAUCCUAUUCAUCUCCUCUUCAACGCAAUGCCAACCUCUAUACAAAUGUCCUCACCCCCUCUGAAACAGCAGCCAUUCCAGCUCCAUCCCCUCUCUCUUCCCCAAACUUUUCAUCAGCUAUGCUUAACUCUCAGCUACGUAAUGCUUCCUUUGCAUCCCCUUUACAACGACACCUUUCCCCCACAUCCUCCGCGGUGCCAAUUCCACCUUCUACUACACCUCAACAAGGUGGUGUCAGAGGUAGUUCACCACUGUUAUCUGGUGGACUUCGAACUUCCCAGAUCCAGGGAUCAAUGUUCAGACUUCCUAGUGGUACUCUGGCAACGUCCAAAGGCCCUGGAGAGCUUCCAAGUACAACAAAUGGUGCGGUUGGUGUUGAUAAUGGGAGGCUGUCACCUUCUGCACUAUCCAGUGCCUUGCAAAACCCAAGUCUACGUCAUGCUACUUAUAGACUACCCGAUGGCUCACUUAUCACCAGAAAUGAACCUACUCAACCCCAAUCUCCCUCUAUGUUGUCCUCUGCACUCUUGAACUCUAAUGUACGUAAAGCAACAUACAGAUUGCCAGAUGGAACUUUGGUUACAAGAAAUGAGCCAGUUCCCAAGUCUUCCUCUCCAAUACUCUCAUCUGCUAUUCUCAAUGCAAAUGUGCGGAAGGCCUCUUAUCGAUUACCAGAUGGUUCUUUUCUAACACGUCCAGGAGAGAGUACAGAGACUGCUGAGAAUCCAGGCUCCUCACCUGGGCUGGCUAGUGCCCUCAUGAAUGCAAAUCUCCGUAAAGCAAAGUUUCAACUUCCAGAAGGAUCAUCUCUGUUUUCACAAAAUCAACCUCAAAGUCCAUCAAAUCCUCUCCUUUCAGGGGCCAUGCUAAACACCAACAUCCGUGGUGUGUCUUAUAAUCUCCCAAACACAUUAUUGUUAAAGCAGCAUGGAUCUGCCAAGACUUCUGAGCCACGCUCUCUUGAUCUCUCUAGCGCUCUUAGCAACAAGAACAUUCGAUCUUCUACUUAUCGUCUGCCAGAUGGAACACUUAUAACUCGCUCUCAGACAGCUUCUUCACCACAGUCACUUGAUCUGUCUAAUGCUUUAUCAAAGAAUCCAAACCUUCGUGGGGCAAAAUAUCGCCUGCCUGAAGGUAGUAUCAUGACAAGACUUGGUGCCCCAAGCACUCCACAACAGCGCACGCUUAAUCUCUCUGGUGCUUUGCAGAGCACUCACCUCCAGAGAGGCUCUUUUCGCCUAUCCUCAUAUGCUGUGGUUCCACCCCAAGUCCAGGGAUCUGGUCCUGAACAACAUUGGGCACAAGGUUCUGAAGCCUUAGGACUCCAACAAGACUUAGAUGUGUGGGGGGCAGAGAGAGUUCUCCCUCAUGGGACAGUGCAGAACCUCAAUAAAUGGUCCAUGUAUGGAGAGGGAGAGCUCCCAGAUCCCCAGAGCUCAAUGCAACUGAGACAGAUUGGCGAGAAACCAGGGAAGUGGAAUCUCAACAGAGAGGGGGAACCAAAGGGAGAGUGGUUUGACAAGAUGUACUCCAUCAGAAGCAUGGCCACAUUAGCUGAGCGAGAGUUCAGAGAGGAAGACGGUAUGGAAGAUAUGACACAGUUGGAUGAGAUGCACGAAGGAGCUGUUCUUCUGAACAUGAGGAGAAGGUUUGAGAGGGAGCUGAUUUAUACAUAUAUUGGUAGUAUUCUGGUAUCUGUGAAUCCUUACAAGAUGUACAACAUUUAUGGGACGGACAUGGUGCUGCUGUACAAGGGAUGUGCUCUAGGAGAGAACCCUCCGCAUUUGUUUGCCAUAGCAAAUGCUGCUUAUUCCAAAAUGAUGGAUGCCAAACAAAACCAAGUCAUAAUAAUCAGUGGAGAGAGUGGGUCCGGAAAAACAGAAGCCACCAAACUUGUCCUUCGCUACCUGACAGCAAUACAUCACAAGUCAAGUCUUGCACAACAGAUUGAGAUUCUUGAGGCCGCUCCUCUGCUGGAAUCUUUUGGAAAUGCCAAAACCGUGCGGAAUGAUAAUUCCAGUCGCUUUGGGAAAUUCAUAGAGGUCUUUCUGGAGAAUGGUAUGAUCAGCGGUGCCAUAACCAAUCAGUAUCUUCUGGAAAAGUCCCGUAUUGUCUUCCAGGCCAAAGACGAGAGGAACUAUCACAUCUUCUAUGAGAUGCUGGCAGGUCUUCCAUCUCAGCAGAAACAAGCUUUCUAUCUGCAAGAUGCUGAAACCUACUAUUACCUCAACCAGGGCGGGAAUUGUAUGAUAAAGGGGAAGAGCGACGCAGGUGACUUCCACCGUCUGCUUUCCGCCAUGGAUAUCCUUCACUUCACCCCGGAUGAUCAGUCGGCCAUUUUUAGGGUGCUCUCCUCCAUCCUGCAUCUAGGAAAUGUCUACUUUCAGAGACACGAGUCGGAUGGCCAAGAGGUGGCGUCGGUGGUGAGCGCUCAGGAGAUUCGAGUGGUGGCAGAGCUGCUGCAGAUCUCACCCGAGGGGCUGGAGAAAGCCAUCACCUACAAAACCACGGAGACGAUGAGGGACAAAAUCUACACCCCUCUGUCAGUUGAAAACGCUGUUGAUGCCAGAGAUGCUGUUGCCAAGAUCCUGUACUCGCUGAUCUUCCACUUGUUAACAGAGAGGAUUAACGCUCAGGUGUACCCUCGCCAACACUGCCCCUGCAUCUCCAUCCUGGACAUCUACGGAUUUGAGGAUCUGACCUUCAACAGCUUUGAGCAGCUUUGCAUUAAUUAUGCAAAUGAAUACUUGCAGUUCUUCUUCAACAGGAUUGUAUUCAGAGAAGAACAGGAGGAGUACAGCAGAGAGCAGGUUCCAUGGGAGAACAUCACGUUCAGUGACAACCAACCCUGCAUCGACCUCAUUGCCGCUAAGCCUCAUGGGAUACUGAGGAUUCUGGAUGACCAGAGCUGUUUCCCUCAGGCGACAGACCACACUUUUCUUCAAAAAUGUCACUAUCAUCAUGGACACAAUCACUUGUAUCAGAAGCCAAAGAUGCCUCUCCCAGAAUUCACCCUCAAGCACUUUGCUGGCCGGGUCACCUAUCAGGUGCACAAGUUCCUCGAUAAGAACUACGAUCAGGUCCGACAGGAUGUUCUGGACUUGUUCAUUCAGAGCAGGAACAAGAUGAUGUCGAACCUCUUCCUGGCUCAUGCAGAGGCCACAGGUCAAAAGAAAGGAGGUCACAUGAGGAAGAGCAGCUCAGUCACCAGGAAGUACCAAGCUCCCACUGUCAGCAGCAAGUUCCAACAGUCCCUGAUGGAGCUGGUGGAGAAGAUGGAGAGGUGUAAUCCUUUUUUUGUUCGCUGCAUCAAGCCAAAUAAUAUAAAGAGGCCAGGUGUGUUUGAGGACGAGCUGGUCGGCAGCCAGCUGAGACAUUCUGGAGUCAUGGAGACCAUCAGGAUCCGUAGAGAAGGGUAUCCCAUCAGAAUGACCUUCUACGCCUUUCUCUUUAGGUACAAGUCCUUGGUGGGAAUUCGAGAACUUCCAGAAGCCAAUGGAGAAAACUGUGUGAUUUUGCUCAGUAAGUUGAGUCCUCUCCGACCAGGAGUGUACCACAUUGGUGUCACAAAGUUGUUCUUCAAGGAGGACAUCUAUCAGCUGUUGGAGUGUAAACGAGAGCGAUCCCGUACUCUCGCAGCUCUCACCUUGCAGCGUUACACCCGCAUGUUCUUUGUCAGGAAACGCUUUGUGGAAUUCCGUAGGAAAAUCAUCAGUUUUCAGGCCCAGUGCCGGGGAUUCCUCCUCAGGAAGCAGUAUGUGAAAAUGAGGGAGCAUCUGGUUCGUUUCCGUUCUCUUGUCCACAUGUAUGUCAACCGGAAGCAAUACAUCAAGAUGAAGUUUGAAGCCAAAAGGAAAGUUGAAGAGGAGAGAAGGAAGAGAGAAAAGGAGCUGAGAAAGCGGGAGGUGGUUAACGUCACCCAUUUGGUGAUCCCUGCAGAGCUGGGUGCUUUGCUGCAGGCAGCUGGAGUCAGGAGGGAGCUGCACGCAGACUGUUUGGCUCUGCUUCAGGCUCCUCAUAUCGAGGAAGAGGCUCAGCUUACGUUGCCUCUGGACAUCAACAACUACCCUUUUUACCGAUAUGUGCAGAUCCACUUCAGGGAACCAAAGUUUGGGAUCUUGUUUGGCCCUCUGGAGUCACCUUUGACCCGAGUGGAGGACGAUCUCAGAAUAGAGGCCGUGGAGCUCUUCAACAUGGUUUUAAGAUUCAUGGGUGACCCUCAUCUGAACGGUGCACAAGAAAACAUGUUUGGGAAUUACAUCGUCCAAAGGGGUCUGUUGUCUUCAGGUUUAAGAGACGAGAUCAUGGCUCAGGUGGUCAACCAGGUGUGGAGGAACACAAACAUUGACAACGCAGAGAGGGGCUGGUUGCUGUUGCUGGCUUGUGUUUGCAGCUUUGCACCAUCGCCCAAGAUGGACAAAUAUCUGCUGAAGUUUGUAUCGGACCACGCUCCUGCAGGUUGUCAAGCGUUACUUCAGCACAGACUCAUUCAAGCCAAUCAGAAGAUGCAUCUAAGCUCUGGCUCCAGCCCUGAAACAGCACGGACCUAUCCACUCUCACUGCUGGAGUGGACAGCCAAUAGGAAGAAGGCUAACAUGGUGUUGCAUGUGCACUGUUUUGAUGGGGGUUCUUUCCUUUGUCCGGUGCAUUCGUGGACCAGUGGAGAAGAUCUAGCGGGACACAUCCUGCGUCACAGAGGAGUGUCUGACUGGUGGAAGGGGAGUUCAAUUCUGAUGAAGGAGCCCAGCCAGUUGGUGGAAUUAGCGGGCCAUGACUAUGUGCUGGACCUGAUAGCAGACCUGGAGCUUCCUAUAGACUUCCCGAAGCAAAAGAGUUACUUCAUCAUCAGCUCUGAUAACCCAGCUAAAGUCAGAGCGAAUGCCAGCCUUGCUUUGUUUGGAGGUGGCUUUGAGUCAGACGAGGAGCUUCCAUCUUCCUCUCCUCUCAGCAGCAGACCAGCUUACAGUCUGCCUGAUUCUGAAGGCUACUACAGCCACGCAGAGUCAGAUGGGUUCAGUGACAGUCAGACUCAGAGAGGAAUGGAUCGGUACCUGGACAGCCUGUUUGACCCGGUGCUGUCCGACAGCAGCACAAACAUGGAGCGCGCAAGUUUGUCAGCGAGAAUGAAGGGAGGAGGAGGUGUGGGCGUCUCUGGAGGAGGACGAGGAGAGGGGCAGGGUCACACAUCUCCCACCAGACCUUAUCCUCCUGGAAUUCACCCUGGAGGAAUGGAGCAGGCGGUACUGACUCAUGAGCAACAGGCCAUCAUCAACCAGCAAGCUAUUAUUCUGGCCCAGCAGAUGACCAUGCAGGCCAUUGCAAUCCAGCAGCAGAUGUUGUCCUCGUUCCCACCUGUUGCCCCAGCC